AUGUCUGUCUCUCAGGGUAAAAGCUUCACGUAUUAUCCGAACCCAGAGUUGUUUCCUCUGAACAGAGAAGCUCCAGAUGUCCCGUAUCGGUUUAAACCCGGAGGAGUGAUCGCUGUGGAGGGUCUGGACCUGACCAGAGCCAUCUCCAGACAGGAAGUGACGGCUCGACUUGGAGAUCAGGAGUGUGACGUGAAAACUCUGGACAACACUCACCUGUACUGUGAACCUCCAGAGAUCCAACCAAUGAGUGUAGAGGACAGCAACGAGCUACCCAGUCUCCAGGUGUUCAUGGGGAACCUGCGGGUGGACCUGGGUUUGGUUCAGUACGAUAGUGACUCUCUGUCUGUCGUCCCAUUAGCUGCUCAGAUUGGUUUGGGGGCGGGAGCAGCUGUCAUCAUCCUGUCAGUGCUGGUCAUCAUCCUCAUGUACAGGAGGAAGAGUAAACAGGCUCUCAGAGACUACAAAAAGGUUUUGCUGCAGUUGGAAACUCUGGAGAUCAACGUUGGAGAUCAAUGUCGCAAAGAGUUCACCGACCUGAUGACAGAGAUGAUGGACCUGAGCAGUGAUGUAGGAGGACCAGGACUCCCCCUGCUGGACUACAGGACGUAUGCAGAGAGAGUCUUCUUCCCGGGUCAGCAGGUGGCGCCGCUGAGCCGCCAGCUGGACCUGCCAGAGUCCAGGAGGCAGACUGUGGAGCAGGGCCUCCAGCAGCUCAACAACCUGCUCAACAACAGACUCUUCCUCACUAGGUUCAUCCACACUCUGGAGGCCCAGCAGGGGUUCUCUCAGAGAGACCGGGGUUACGUUGCCAGUCUUCUCACCAUCGCUCUGCACGACAAACUAGAGUAUUUCACCGAGGUGAUGAAGAGUCUGCUGCAGGACCUGGUUCAGCAGUACGUCGCCAAGAACCCCAAACUCAUGCUGCGCCGGACAGAGACGGUUGUAGAGAAAAUGUUGACCAACUGGAUGUCGAUCUGCCUCUACUCCUUCCUCAAGGAGGUGGCGGGUGAGCCUCUCUUUAUGCUCUACAGAGCCAUAAAGUACCAGGUGGAUAAAGGUCCGGUUGACUCUGUGACAGGAAAAGCUAAACGAACGCUGAACGACAGCCACCUGCUGAGAGAGGACAUCGAGUACUGCUCUAUGACUCUGAUGGUGUUGGUAAAGAAUGGAGUUGAGGUUCAACCUUGUCCUGUUAAAGUGCUCGACACCGACACUAUCACACAGGUAAAGGAUAAGAUCCUGGAUCAGGUCUACAGAGGAGCUCCGUUCACUCAGAGACCAGCAGCAGAUAGUCUGGACCUGGAGUGGCGUUCAGGUCAAGCGGGUCACCUGACCCUGUCAGAUGAUGAUGUCACAGCAGUGGUUCAAGGUCGCUGGAAACGAGUCAACACUCUGCAGCACUACAAGGUUCCAGAUGGAGCAACAGUCGCUCUGAUUCCUCGUUCUCAGAGUUCAGGUGGAGUCAACCAGGUCUUCCAGACUGGAGAAAAAACUCCAAUGCUGGAGGGCGAUGAGGAGGAGGGGCUUCGUCUGUGGCACCUGGUGAAGAGCAGCGACGAUCCAGAGAUCCCAAAACACAGAAAGAGCAGCAUGAGGGAGAGAGAGAGAGCCAAGGCCAUACCUGAGAUCUACCUGACCCGCCUGCUGUCCAUGAAGGUAACACACCUGUCUCUCUACCUGCAU